AUGGCUGCUGUAUUCGUACCUCCCUCGCCGCGAACCUCCCUGACCAUGGCGACUCGCCGCCCACUCGCCAACGUGCCGAAUGCAACAAAUUCUCCACAUAGGUCAGGUCCCGUACCAGCCAAGCGAUCCAGGUCUACACAGAUGGAGAUGCCAUAUGGCCAGCCACCACCGAAGAAGCAGGUCAUGGAAGCUAUAGAGAAUGAUGGACGCUCCCCUAGUCGAAGCAGGUCGACUACUGCUCAAAAUACCGACUCGAAACUGUUUGCGCGACGGUCCAACAACGUUGCUCCUAGUGCUUUCGAGAAGAAGCUUGUUGCAGCUCGCGAAAAAGAACGUCAGCCGGUGGUCAGGACUGUCAAGACAGAAAAGACUUCCGCGGAUACCAUGGAUACCAUUAGACAGUGGCAGAGACAUUACCGAAAGGCAUUCCCUCAGUUUGUUUUUUACUUUGACAGUAUCCCUGAGGAUGUUCGUCGGAAGUUCUCUCGCCAGGUCAUCGCUCUCGGCGCUCGUGAGGAGAAGUUCUUUUCACGUCUCGUAACGCAUGUUGUUACAUCCCGUGCUAUCCCACCCGAGUCUACAAGCCCAACCGAAACCGAAACUACCCCCGACACAACGAAUGGAGAUGGAAAUAUGCAAACAGUCAACCCUUCAAUGCUGGAGCGGAAUGGAGACACACACCUGCAUAUGUCCUUGAAAACAGACCCUCGCCGCGACCAAGGAACCAUGGAUGUUCUUCAGAGAGCUCGGCAAAUGGGCAUGAAGAUUUGGGCCCUGGAGAAACUUCAACGCAUGAUCACCACCAUCAAUGACAGCGAUAUUGGUGCUCAGGCUGAUGCCGCUUCACGGAGCAAAGUUGCUGGUGGAAAUGCCGCCAAUGGAAAGGGCGAGAAUGACCUUUCUCGUGUCCUUCGACAAGAAUUACUUAAUGGACCGUCCGAUCGUGAUCCAUUGUCGUCAAUGGAGAUGCUGAUGUUCAAGGGUCCAUUUGUCUAUAUUCACGAUAUGAACGAAAAGACAAAGCCCGUUUUGGUCCGGGAAUAUUCCCGGGUUGCCCGUCGACAAGACGGUUCCUGGCCCCAAUUCAGAAGUGCCCCCUGGGCAAGUGAAUAUGACCGACAUCGUUUGCGGCAACUUCAAAAAGAGAAGAAGGCCGCUCUCCACAACACUGAUGGAAACCGUGAAGCCAAGCCGAAAACAAUUGCCCCUGCUCCCCAAGUUCAAGACUCGAAAGUAGUCACCGAAGUCGCCAGGUCCAAACCCGCAGAGAAUGAACAGCGCAUCUCCCCUCCCGCUCAAACAGAAUCCCAGAAGCCUUCAUUUGAUGAAAACAACGAAAGAAAGAGCUCGGAGAGCUUCAUCCCGCCUCAUUUCCCUCGCACCGGACCUUUUUAUACUGGCCGCGAGCCGGCCGCUUCAGGCGUUCAGCCGUCUAACAUAACCUCCGCCAUUCGCUCCCAGAUGAUCUCUUCCACUGCCGCGGCGCCUGGUGCGAAGGCUGGUCUCAGCAAGGAGGUUCAUGGCCUCAAGCGCAAGGUACUCGAGAAGGGCACGGGAUCAAUGGCUGCUCCCCAGCGGCGCGAGGGAUCUGCCCCUGUGCAUUGUAAGAGUAUGAACCCUCCUGGACGAUCCAAUCUUCGCCAUGAAGAUGAUGGAAACCAGUCCGAAGUUGCUGGCUCCAAACGCCAACGAGAGGAAAAAGAGCAGCAACGGAAGACAGAGCGACGCAGAGACCCUAAGCCUGGCUACUGUGAGAACUGCAGGGACAAGUUUGAUGACUUUGAAGAGCACACUCUAACAAGAAAACAUCGUCGCUUUGCCGCAAACUCCACAAACUGGGCUGAACUUGACGCGUUACUCUUUGAAAUCCAACGUCCUCUCAAGGACAAGCACGAAUAUGAUGAAUAG